GAUCAUGGUGGUGUGGUGCAGCAAUGGAAGAGACGAUCUGACGUUUGGAUGUUCUGGUGACGUUUGGACAGUUUGCUGCCGUAUUAGAGGACACAUCGGUACCAUGUUACAGGGGAAAUCGGCGACAGGAGGCGCCCCAUCCUCCAAAAUAGUCACACGCAUGUGAAAUUCAACAAGCUUUUAUGUUGACGAUACCGUCGGUGUAUUGGAAUUUUCUAUGAAGGGUAGUUGAUGUUGUUUACAUAAUGCUAUGUGAGAUUCGCUGUACAAUCGCAGUGUCAAUAUAAGUGUUUUAUGCAGUGAAAUACUUUGUAUAUGGUAUUAUUUUUUUUUGCAUCUGACAAUGGAUUUGAUGCGGUUCUAGGAAAGGGGGCGUUUCAAUGAUGCCCGCCAUUAUUGUUUUCAAAUCCAGCGAAAAUGUCCAACUAUUUCGCCAAAAUGGAUAGCUACGGUGGGUCGUGGAAAGUAAGAAUGCUAGACUCAAUGGAAAGAAACUACUGGAAAUGGAAGAAAUCUCCCUUCUAAGUAAGCAAUGGGGAAGAAAAUUCAGUGUAUCGGGCGCUAUGUGAUGGACGGCCUUACCUUGGGUAAGGGGAACUUUGCCCGUGUGGAGUUAGCGACACAUGGAGUUACCGCAUGCAAGGUGGCUAUAAAGAUAAUAGACACCAGGAAGAUAAAGGAGGAAUAUGUACGUCAGAACCUACAUCGUGAGGCUCGAAUCCUUGGCCAACUUCGCCACCCUAACAUUGUCCGUCUGUACGAGACUCUCAAGGCUACCACGCUAUACUGUCUUGUGUUAGAAUGUGCUUCCGGUGGGAAUUUACUAUCGUAUAUAAAAACGUUUAAGGAUUUUCUUCUUCCGGAGGACCGCGCUCGUCCUUAUCUACGUCAGUUGGUGUCUGCCGUUCAUUACCUUCAUGAGAAAGGCGUGGCUCACAGAGAUUUGAAAAUGGAAAACAUAAUGCUAGAUGAAAAGAAGAAAAACAUCAAAAUUGUAGAUUUUGGCCUCAGUAACACCUUCAAUCCCAAUGAGCUGAUGAAGACACAUUGUGGUUCCUUAGAAUAUGCAGCGCCGGAACUCUUCACCACGGGUGGAAAGUAUGGACCAGAAAUUGACAUAUGGAGUAUAGGAAUUGUUCUAUAUGCAAUAGUAGUAGGUAAGCUUCCCUUUACAACACCUUACACCGACCAGUACCGCAGAGAGAAACUCCUACAACAGAUAGAGAAGGGUCUAACGGAACAACACAACAGGGAGAUGGCACACAUAACCAGUGAUUGCAAAGACAUUCUAAAGAAGAUCCUGGAGCCAAACCCAGACCUUCGCCUCCCUGUUGUGGAGAUAGAGAAGCACCCUUGGGUCACACACAAUGAGAAGAUGCCUUUCUACGCUUUCCAUGCAUUUCCUCGGGACAAGGGCAUGAAAGCCAAGGUGAUGGAUGAGCUGUCCGACAUGCUGAGUAUGAAGAAAGACCAGGUGGAGAAGACUGUACACGAGUGUAAAUGUGAUGAUCUGUCAGCAAUGUUUAAUAUGAUCAUGGACACUAAGAGAUGUGAGAAAGGUUUAUUUGAGAUUGACUACACUACUCAGCCAGAGAGGAAGCUGGACAUUAAAACAAAAAAACACAAGAGAAAGUCUAUGCAGCAGAGAGCAGCAGAGUUGGAGAGUGGGACAUCGCGUGGUAACCACGUUGGUCAUCAUGCAGAUGGCUCUGAGCUGUCGCCAAAAACUGGUCAGUCUGGAGAAGGCCCAGCUAAUGAACAACAUAAGGUCAGCGCCAGCUUUGAUUUCAUGGCCCUGUGUAGCGCUCCAUCAUGGCUAGGACCCGAGAAGAAACGAUCAAAACCACGGAGAUCUUUACGAUACAACAGACUUAUGUCUCCCAAUCAAACAUCGGAUCCCAGCCACAGUAACGAUACGAUCAACACCAUUCCCAAUAACCCUAGCAAUCCUAACCUCUUGUCUCCUGGCCAACCUGGUCAGAUGGCCUUCAAUAGACGCUCCUUCAGUCGGCGCAACUCAUCACAGCGUAAAAAACGGUCAAGUUCUUACGGGCCAGGGAAUCGUCGCACGAACAGUCUUAAAGAUGUACAGGGUUCCAGUAGCUCCCAACCCAACAGUCCCACCACCCUGCUCAGUCCCUCCAUACGGAUAGACCCACCUCGCCCCCUCCCUAUCCAGCGUCCCAAAGAUCUCAGUGUGAAGGGUUGUUAUCACUUAUCUCCCUUCUCUCUACACGUCCCCGCCAACAAGAGUUCCUCCUUCUCAAACAUCAAUGGACCUAUUAUGCAUACAAGAGAGAAGUGUAGGAAUAAUUCAGACAGUUCUAAUCCGUGCUCCACCACCGAACUGCUCAGCUGUGCCGGCUCGCUAGAGGCACUCAUUGAUCCUACCAACAUAGAUGUAUCCUUGGAGGCCGUAGAUUCCACAGCUGCUGAAGCCAAAAUAUCGUCCAAUGACAAACUAGAGUCACUUAAGGAGGAUGGGCUGGACUCUGUCGAAGCCCGCAUUGCAUUAGUAGACAUUAAGUCGAUUGUGAGACCAAAGGUGUCUGCAAAACAAGACAGAAAACAAUUAGUGACGUCAAAAGUUAGUAAUGUGUGUGAUUCGAGGACAACACUGUCGGCAAGUUCGCUGGAGCGUGUGGUACCUUCAUCUAUGCAAUCAAGUGAGGAUAAGAAUCCUAGGAUACGAUGUGCUCAGUGUUGUGAAUUAAAUGUGUCAGAUUGUAACAAGGCCAGAAACAGUGAAGCACAGCUGUUUACGCUGGACACGGACAUAAACGAAGACCAGGUGGACAGUACCACAGAGUUACUGGGGGCCACUAAAAUGGUGGACCUGCCAGAACCGUCAUCAAUGGACAUCACAGAUCGUGGUGUGGUGUGCUGUAAUAGAGAUAGGAAGGAAUCAAUCAAUGGGAAGGACAAGUUAUCUACAGAUGAGGCUCGUGUACCUCCUCCAAAGAAUGGCCCACAGGGCUUGCAUUAUCGACGCUCCAGUGAGUUGAUGAAUGCACUCGAGUAUAGCCCGGAUGUAGAGGCAUAUUUGGAGGAUGGACGCAGCUCUGUGUCAACGCGCUGCUCCAACAUGUCACUGUAUAACCUUGUCAUGCCAAACACACCCACACGACAAAUGUUUCAGAUGCCCCUUGCGCGCAUAGAAAGCUUCCAUAGUGAUGACUUUGAUGCAUUAGCAACAGACUUAGAUUUCACCCCAAACGUGAAAUCGACGUCGAGUGCCACGACUCCUUCCAGCUCUGUAAAUACGCCUACUAUGCCAUGUUUUGCCUAUAAACUUCAUCUCCAUAAGAAGAAAAAUGCCAAGUUAAAAGCGAAUAAAUUUAAAAAUUCAACUUCCAAUGGAAAAGAGAUGUGUGUGAAAGAGAUAGACUCAGGAGGAAUGUGUAACUCAUCCAUCACAGAAAGUGAGCUCAGGAUUGACCCAUCAUGUUCAGAGCCACUUCUCAGCUCAGGGAGUGAUGGAGGGGUGGAGAGAGUCGUGGAGGAGGUCACAGAUAAGCCCUCCUCUGUCAGCAAAGCCAAAAUCCAUCCCAUGGACAGAGAUGAGCAGGAUACAAGUGAACUAAUACUACGAGGUACAAAAAUCAACAACAAGUCCAUUCCAAAAAACAAGUGCACAAGCACCUCAAAUGCGAGUGAGUCUACGGGUAAUGAUGUCAAGGCACGGAAGCAGCAGAAUUCUCAUGAAAAGACAUCAAAAGCUAACAACUCAGAAAACAAAAAAGUCUCUAUAAAAUGCUCACCUUGGAAACAUGGUUUUGUCCAUUUUUUAAGAAAAAAAAGGCAAGGUCAAGGUUACAGAGCUGGUAGUCAUAACAACAAUGACUCAAUUAACUCUAACUACCACUCAUCUAACUCGUCAACCGCCAACACGCGCAACGGCCACACUCGCACCUCGUACAGCAAACCUCUCCUCACCGCCCAAGAGGAACAAAGUGCAGACAUGGAAACCCAGUUCAGCUCCUCUCCUCUUCCCACAUUUUCUGAUGCAUUAGAAGUGCGUUCGUCCCCCGUUCCAGGGCACACCCCCACCCCCAGCACCACUAAAGUGUUCGACUUCACGGUGAUCACAUCGGAGUCGCCCCAGGCCAAGUCCUGUUUGCUGAGCUGGCGAGGCUGUCGUGAGUGUUUCUCCGACGACCAGCUGUCCGAGGACGGGGGCAGUGAGUGCACUUUCCGGUUUGAGCAGAGUGUUGACGUUGCUAUUAAAACCACUAUGGCAAUAAAAAGUGUCCAAGAUGCCAAAAAUUACUCAGCUUACAAGUAUGCUCAUACGUGACGGAGAUACUCACAGUCACUGACUGGUCAGUAAAGAAUAAACUGUUGACUGACCAGAUAAUGAAUGAAAACAAUAUUUGUUGACUGGUCAGUCAGUUGUACAAAGAGGAAGAAGGGGACAUAUUACUGACCAGUCAGUGAAACCUCAGAAACUCUACGAGUCUGCCGGCACAGACUUUGUGGUGGUUGAACCAAAAUAUAUUAUGUAACACUGUUGUUGAUUGGUGAGUUACCCUAACCGUUUUAUAUAACACUAUUAUUGAAUGGUCAGUUAUAUUUCAUAUUUCCAAUGCAAUUUUUGGUAGAAAAAUAUAGUGUGUGGCACACCUUGAAAUAUACAAGGCCACAAUGUUGUCAGCCACGUGGCAGAUGGACGUUACCGUGGUUACAGGUGGUGUUAGAGUUAAUACAGAAACUGACAUAUGCAGCGAUAUUGAUUGACCUUAAGAUCUAUGUCCUUGACCUUGUUAUUUUGAUUCAUUGUUCUUUCAUUACUGUAUAGAUUCCCAUUUUAAUAGUUCAAUUGAGGUUGUAUAAUUGAAUGAAGGAGAUUUUAUGAAGAUUUGAAAAUGGUCCAUGCUCGUUAAAAACCCAUAUGUAAUCAUUAUUGCUCAUUGUACAUGAAAUAUUUUUCAAUUUUUCCACAUUUUUCUUGUCUGUGAUUAUUUGAAAGCAAAUUGAGAUUUAAUUUAUUACAGUGAUUUGCUCUUUAGAUGCCCCCGGCCUGAUUAUGCGUUGUUUUCUUUUAGACCUGUAGAUGCCCGUUCUUGCCUCCACAGUAAUGAUCAGGUGCCAUGCACGGAGGCUGAGGAAAGGGAUACUCUUGGUCAAUAAUUAACUGUUUUGACUGAAGUGAUAGACCAGUCCUCUUAGUAAUAAUCCAACCACCUUCACGAUCUAACUACUGAAGGUCAAUAUACAAUGUUACUAUCUAAAGGUAUCUUCUAGAGGUGUUGACCAUAUGAAGACAGCAACAGUAUCUACAUAGUAUUUGCAUAUGUAAUGAAGAUUCUUGUCACUGAUAUUGACCACAGUAACAAAUUGACUGCUGAACUUCAGCGUUGACCUCUGAUCAGGCAUGUUGACCACUGAUCAGGUAUGUUGACCACUGAUCAGGUAUGUUGACCAUUGAUCAGGUAUGUUGACCACUGAUCAGGUAUGUUGACCACUGAUCGGGUAUGUUGACCACUGAACAGGUAUGUUGACCACUGAUCAGGUAUGUUGACCAUUGAUCAGGUAUGUUGACCACUGAUCGGAUAUGUUGACCACUGAACAGGUAUGUUGACCACUGAUCAGGUAUGUUGACCACUGAUCAGGCAUGUUGACCACUGACUGGUUAUGUUAACCACUGAACAGGUAUGUUGACCACUGAUCGGAUAUGUUGACCACUGAACAGGUAUGUUGACCACUGAUCAGGUAUGUUGACCACUGAUCGGAUAUGUUGACCACUGAACAGGUAUGUUGACCACUGAUCAGGUAUGUUGACCAUUGAUCAGGCAUGUUGACCACUGAUCAGGUAUGUUGACCACUGAACAGGUAUGUUGACCACUGAUCAGGUAUGUUGACCAUUGAUCGGGUAUGUUGACCACUGAUCAGGUAUGUUGACCACUGAUCAGGCAUGUUGACCACUGACUGGUUAUGUUAACCACUCAUACCAGCAAUGGCCACUUGUGCAAGUCUUGGCCCUGAUUAUUAUCCCUAAGUUCUGUCCAGACGUCCCCUCCUACCACAGACACAACAGUUAUAUUGUCUGAUGAAACCUAGUUAAUUCAAAUUGAAAAGUGAGACAUUUUUCAAACCAACAGUUUUGCUAUUUAUAUAUGACUUUUUUUUCAAUUGGGUAUGAUCCUCAUAAUGUUGCUAAGUAAUGGUGUAAGACAUGUAUCUACCUGGUAAGUGACAUGUAUUUAGAGAUAUUGAUGAACAUAUAUAAAUGUGUAUAGUGUUGACUAUUGAGUAUAUUACAAAUCAAAAACAGAUGGGGCCAUCACAAAUGUAUGUUAGCUGUAUGUUUUAUGUACAGAAUUGUAAACUUUAUUUCUAUACUGCAUACCAUUCCAUAGUUACCAUAUAGUUACCAUAUAGUUACCAUAUAGUUACCAUAUAGUUACCAUGUUACAACUGUUGUUACUUCAGUGACCUCUCACUCCUCUCCAUGGCAACCAACCUUGACCUUUCAACUUAAGACUGGAAUGGUAUGAUUUUGUAUCAUUGUUACAGAGUGUGUGUUGUUACCACGACGACACGGAAUGCAAUGUUGUUAUUUGCUAAUUAGUAUUACAAAUUCUUCCAGGAAUGAAAGUUGAGUAUAUUAUAAGAUGUUACAGUAGGCCUGUAUUAUCUGACUGUGAAGGUUUGUGCCCUUAUAUAUAUGGUUGUUGAGUAGCUGAAUGUUGUAAGUCCUAUUAUACCAGGUAUAGCUACACUGGUGUUUGUAUUUAUUAUACAUUGUAUUUUGAUAUGCAUUAUGACUGCGAUGUAGAUGUUUCCUUAUUUGAUUUUAUCUUUUAUUUAUUUAUUUUUUUUUUGCAAAACUACCAGGUAUUCCAAAUUGUAAUUAGACAACUUUUGAGUUUAUUCUUAUUUUGUUUGAUUAAACAUGUGAUCAACUUAUUAAGACUACAGAACUGAUGUUGAUUCUAGAGUACCAGAGUUCUCUCAAAUUGUUGUUUACAGACGAUUGUAAGAAAGCUGAGUGUAAAGGUUAUUACUACUGAUUUUACUAGUGGUUUACUGGAUCUACAAAACCUACCAUCUAAUGAUAUAAUACAAACUUUAUUACUAGAGAUAAAACAAGUAUAGAUUAUGUCCUGUCAUAUUCAACAAGAAUUCUGAAGUACAUCUUCUGUAUUUUUAUUAUGAAGAGGUAUUGAACAAUGUAUUUGUUUGUACACAGGAAUCAGAAAGUCAGGAUGAGUAGUUGACCUCUUGUAGAAGUCUUCAUUACUUGUUGAGGUACAUUAAAUCCAGUUUUCAUGUUAAAAAUGUGUACCAUAUUCCUUACCUUUGUCUUACCAUUUGAAAUCCCAUACCAUACCUGACAUUUUGGAAACCCUAAUUUGGCCUUUUGGAAUCCCAUACUUGACCUUUUGGAAUCAUAUACCUUAUAUUUUUGAAUCCCAUACCUGGCCUUAUUAGCCAUAAAGUUGAAUAAACAUUGAACAUUGAAAUCCCAUACCUGGCUUUUAUAGGCAUCCCAUACCUGACAUUUUGAAAUAUCCUACCUGUCAUUUUGAACCCCCUACCUGACCUUACAAAAUCACCAUCCUGUCCUUUAAAAUUAAUUCCCUACCUGACUUUUUGAAAUCCCCAUCCUGUCUUUUUUAAAUUCCCUACCUGACCUUUUGAAAUCUCCAAUCUGUCCUUUUGAAAUCCCCUACCUGUCCUUUUGAAAUCCCCUACCUGUCCUUUUGAAAUCCCCGUCCUGACCACAGCCUGUAGAUUCUGUUUCCUGAUGUAUUAUUAACAACGGAAGUCAAUGGCGAUUUGUUUUUGAUCUGAUUGGGUCAAGGUAAUGAUGUUUUUUACAGCUGGUUUGAUGAUCCUCUCCAGUACUAUUCCCUCACCUGUCUGAAGGACAAGUAAGCUUAUACCGGGUGUGGCGUCCGUUGUCCCUCCAGCCGUCCAUUUUAACAGCUUCUCCUCAAUAACCGUGAGGCACAGAGACCUGAUAUUGGUCCUGUGGCAUACUGGGUUGAAAGGCUACUAACAGUGUUCAAAUGAAUGACCUUGACCUGCAUUCAAUGUCACAGGAGUGAAAAAGGCUAAACUCUUUAAACGACUUCUUCUCAAUAACCAAGAGGCUCAGGGAGUUGAUAUUGGGUACAUGCUGUUGUGAAGGGCUACCAAGUUUUAUCACAUGAAUGACCUCAACUUAUAUUCAAGGUCACAUGGGUCAAAAUAGCUAAAAUCUUAAUACCGACUUCUCAAUAACCAAGAGGUCCAGGGAGUUGAUAUUGGGCCAGUAGUAUGCUUGAGUAAAGGGCUAUAAAGUUUGUUUAAAUGAAUGACCUUGACCUGCAUUCAAGAUUACAGGGGUCAAAUGGGCUAAAAUAUUUUAAUAACUUCAUAAUAACCAAGAGGCCCAGGGA